GCUUAUUAUAAAGUCGGCCUAAAUUUGAGCGCGGUUUUUUGCACAGUUCCCGAAAGUUUCAUAACAAAUCUGAUUUUGGCAGCUUUGCGAUUUAGAACAUGGAAGACAAGGACACCCACGGACAGUUGUCACCAGGAAAACCGUUUGCUCUAAGACCAUCAGCUCUGUCAUCAUCUUCUGGUGGAUUUGGUUCUCUGCAAGGAAACAAGCCUAUUCUUUUAAGGCCCUCAGCCCUAACUGCUAUUGCAGAUAAACUUGAAACUAAUACAGAAUCAAAAAAGAGGAAAACAGGUGAAGACAAAGAAGGAGUAUCAAAAGAUGAUGAUGGAAAGAAGAAAAUCAAGGUUGAAAAUGAAUCGAAAAGCCCUUCAGCAGGCCUCCAGUUGACUGACACUGUUGUUCCUCCUCAAGGAAUUGGCACAUUUGGCUUUGUUAACGAAGACAAAGAUGCCAAUAAUGUGAAUAAUAGCCAUGGGGACAAUAAUAGUGGGUCAAAUGAUGGUGCUUAUAGAUUUGUGUUCGGGCAGAAUAUUAGCGAGCGUGUGACAGGGUUUGAAGAUGUAUCAAAAUCAGAUACGUCUGGAGAGGGGAAUUUGUUUGAAAAACCGGAAGAGAUAUCCGCAAAAGAGCAAGAACAGAAAUUAGUUGAAAAUGCAAUGGAACAUAUGAAAAAGGAAGAAUCUACAAAAAUACAUUUAAAGGAAGUUGAAGUUGUGACUGGAGAAGAAGGCGAACGCAAUGUGUUACAGAUUCAAUGCAAGUUGCAUUUAUUAUGUCCAGAAAAGUCAAAUUGGAUAGAAAAAGGAAGAGGGGUUCUCAAAUUGAAUGAUAUUUGUAAAUCAGAAAAAGACGACAUAUUUCAAUCGAGAUUAGUAUUCCGAAGGCAAGGCAGUUUCCAGGUUGUGCUGAACACGCUUCUUUGGCCACAAAUUUGUUACGACAAAGCCAGCAACAAAAGCUUGCGUAUCACAGCACUGGAUCCAGAAACAGAAAAAAUAAACGUUUAUCUAGUAACCGGAACUCCCAAAGAUAUCAUUCAGUUGCACACCGCAAUUGAUCGACGAGUUAUAGCACUGCAGCGUAACACUUCAGAAGAAGAAGCUUCGGCCUGUCCGGAGGAGACUUCUGAUAAUGAGGUUAAUGAUAGCUGUGAAGGAGCAACCUGCUCAUCAAAUGAAACUAAAGAACACAGAGAGUCAGCAGUCGCCAAAGACCACACAGAAACAACCCAAGAAACAGAGGUAGAAGAUUUCAGUGAACAAAAUGACUCGGGUAACAGUAAUGGUAGUUCUGAACGUGAAACGUGAUCAUGUAGCUGUCUUUAUGAAGACGUUUAUGUACAAAGCUAACUGUGGAUAUCAUAUUCAUCCUUUACAUUAUAGCA